AUGCCGGAGAUGAUGCGCGCCUUGCACUAUAACGGAGCAUAUGAUGUGUCCGUCAAAGAGAUUCCCGUCCCUCAAAUCGAACAUCCGGACGAUUGCAUCAUAAAAGUGACCACCUCGUGCAUCUGCGGAUCCGAUUUGCACAUGUACGAGGGUCGAACGGCGGCUGAGAGUGGGCUUGUAUUCGGACACGAAAACAUGGGCAUUAUUACCGAGAUUGGGUCCGGAGUCACCCUGCUGAAGAAGGGUGACCGAAUCGUCCUACCAUUCAACGUAGCCGACGGACGUUGCCAGAACUGUGAAGAGGGCAAGACAGCGUUCUGCACUGGCGUCAAUCCAGGCUUCGCCGGCGGAGCGUACGGCUACGUGGCCAUGGGACCAUACCAAGGAGGCCAGGCACAAUUCUUGCGCAUUCCUUUCGCAGACUUUAAUGCGCUUAAAUUGCCGCCAGGUAUUGAGCACGAGGCUGAUUUUGCGCUCCUCGCCGACAUCUUUCCCACUGGAUGGCACGGGCUAGAGCUGAGUGGAUUUCAGCCAGGUGAAUCAGUGGCAGUUUUCGGUGCAGGCCCAGUCGGGUUGAUGGCAGCGUACUCUGCCGUACUACGCGGGGCCUCAAACGUUUUCGUGGUGGAUCAGGUAAAAGAGAGGCUGGACCAGGCAGUGAAGAUUGGCUGCACGCCGAUAAACUUCCGCGAGAGCGAUCCGGUGGAGCAGAUCAUCAAGAAGAACGGCGGCAUGGUCGACCGCGCCGUCGACGCCGUGGGAUACCAAGCCGUCGAUAAGGAAGGAUCAAAGGAACAGCCCAACAUCGUCUUGGACCAGCUCAUCAUGGUCACGCGUCCAACAGGGGGUCUGGGAAUUCCAGGUCUAUACGUCCCCUCUGAUCCCGGGGCUCCAGAUGCUCAGAGCGGCAAAGGCCAGAUCCUCAUAUCGUUCGGCAAGCUCUUCGAGAAGGGCCUGAAGUUGGGCACAGGCCAAUGUAACGUGAAAGCCUACAACCGCUACCUUCGAGACCUGAUCAUUUCCGGCCGUGCAAAGCCCAGCUUUGUGGUAACACACGAGCUUGGGCUCGAUGAUGCCCCAAUGGCGUACGAAAAGUUCGACAAGAGGAUCGAAGGGUUCAGCAAGGUUCUCCUGCAUCCUAAUGGGCCUCUUUCUUGA